AUGGAGAUAAAAGCAGCUGUCAGAAGAUAUGAAACAAGAAAUAAGACAGCUGGAGCAGAUCCGUCGUCAUCCAAAUCUCGAGUUGAUUGGAGGCGUACCAAAAGGGAGCUCAUACUACUUGACAGCAAUGACGAAUGCUCAGAUACCUCUGAGGAAGAAGAACCUACCACAUCAGAAGAUGAAGUAGACGAAAAAGAUGAAACUGUUGUGAAAAACCUUUCGGAUCAGGAAGAGAAAAGCCACGGUGGGGAAGUCACAGAAGAUGGUGAGGACGAAUGUAUCGUGCCUGGGAAGCGUAAAAGGUUAAGCUCCUCUGUCCUGUAUGACAGCGAUGAAAGUGAGGACAGUGAUAUACUUGUUAGAAAAGUUUUUGCUAAGCGUCGCUGUAUAAUGGAUGAAGAUGAUGGUUCUGAAGAACAGCAGCCUGAUAAAACAGAAAAUACUUCUACUAGUAGGAAACAGAAUGUGUUUGCCAAAUUGAAAGAACUUGCAAGACAAAGAGCAACUCGGAGAUCCUGCAGCACUGAAAAUUGUGAGGAUUCUAAUGAUGAAGCAGAAGAGGAAACACUUUGUCACUUGCCUCACACACCAACAGAAAGUGAUGAAACUGACAGUGACAGCAUGAAAGAUUUUAUAGUAGAGGAAGAUGAUGAUGACAACAUAGAGCAUGUACAGAGUGAAAACCAGCCACAACAGAAGGAACUACCAAAUACAUCAAAUAGCGAGUUGCUGGCACACUAUUUGCCACACUUGUCUCGCUGCAGUCAUUAUGUACACUUCCAAAGAAUAGUAAGGGCUUUCCUCAUAAAUGCAAUUGAUGACACUUUUCUGAGCUCACUAUAUGAUGGAACAAGACAAAAGAAGUAUGCACAAGAUAUGUUGCUCUCACUUCAUUAUUUGGAUGACCGCUUCAUUCAGCCUCGUCUUGAGAACUUAAUCUCUAGAAGUCGCUGGAAAGAGCGAUACAAGGAGCGUGUGGAUUGUUACCCAAAUGUUCACAUAGUCAUGAAAAAUUCAAAAAUGAUGUCUUGUCAGGCCUGUGAAAUGAAUCGCUAUUGUAAGUUUAACGUGCUGCUCUCUGGAAAGCUUUAUAAUAGCAGAACUUUGGAAGUGGAUGACUUCAUGUCGGAUGACAAGCAGGUUCUGAAGGUUGGAAAGGUGUGUGCAGAUCGUACAAGAGUUUAUCAUAAUUUGAAGCACUUCAAAUACAAGUUGUAUACGGAUUGCAGCUCCAUUGCUGAGCUGGAUGGUGUUGUGGAUGAGCCAGUCAAAGACACAGUGGAUCGGCUGUUCAGCCACUUGGAAGAACGUGGGUGGAUUCGGAAGAGAUAUGGUGAUCUUGAAGACUACAUGAAUGAUGCAGACAACUUCCAAGAAGAGAAAAUGGAUUAAGUGGUCAUA